UGGUUUGGUUGGCUUGCCUUGCCUUGCCUUUGCACUCCCCGUCGAAAAAUUGAUCCGCUCUCACUUCCCAGCUCCCGACACCACCACUUUCCCCCGAAUCGUUAUGCAGUAGAGGGCCGCUCAAACUCUUUCCACCCUACACCUCAUCCUCGUCAAUAAAGAGAGAAUAGACGCAGCAGUGCGUGUCUGGCCGCAAUGGCCUCACAAUCCGUCACCAAGCCAUUCCAGAAGAUCCUGGACCCGACCAAAAUCGGGACAUGGAAUAUCAUCCGCCGCCCACCAAUCGAGAACCACAGUGUGAUCCAGGGAAAAGCGCGGGAACAGAACUCGAAUGCCUUCAAGACACAUCAAUUCAAGGAGGGAGUCCGGUUACGGAAGGCCCUGAAUGCUAUCACCCAUGGCAAGAACAUCUUCGUCUAUCACAAUAUCCGGACCAACCAGGUUGUCUACUCAUUGACACGGUAUCUGGAGAAAAACAGUGUCCUCCGCCAGCUGGUAUACCACGGCAAGAAAACCGUCCCCGCUACUCUCCGAAAGGACAUGUGGGUGCCCUACUACUCGGUCCAUUUCAACGAACCCAAGGUCGGCCUCCGGGCGUACCAUCUCCUCCGUGAAUUUGCCAUGCAACGUCAGCUCUCCCCUCCCCGCGAGAUGAUCACUAUUACCGAAAAAUUCCUGGACCAAAAGAGGCCCAAAAACCCCAACGAGGCCAAGGAGUUCGACGAGAAAUACAAAGACAAGGUCGGCUGGUUGAUGGAGAAGAAGGACCGCGCCCGUGCCGUGAUGGACCAGAAGGCCACCAGUGUUGCCGAUAUCUCUGCCGUUCUGGCGAUCCAAGAAGAGGAGCUUGCGAAUGGCUUCGCUGAUGGCAAGAGGGGAUACCUUACUCGCACUGCUAGGCGGCGCCGCAGGGAAGCUCGCGCGAAGGAGGCAGCCAAGGCCGCCGAACAAGCCGGGCGCGUGGCUGAGCUCGAAAAGACCUUGAGUACCUCCCAGGUCGACUACAAGAUCCAGGAGCCCGAGGGCUCGAAUACACUGGAAGGAAACGGUGUCAAAAUCCUUUGGACUGAUAUUCACUAUGCUUCUUACGCUGAGUCUUGGCCUGAGCAUGUCCGCCAUGGCGAGCUCGACCUGACCCGCCAACACGUUAUGCCAGGACAGAAGGUUAAUCACGGCGUGGAAGUUCUUGCGGAUAAGACCUUCGAGGAGAAGCAACCCGAGCAGAAGGCCUAAGGGCGCUCGAGGAAUUGUAUUGAAUACUGAUGGGAACUUGUGUGGAUAUUACCUUGGAAACAUGUAUUCGUUCUUCGCAUAUACAGAUUUGUAUUUUUAGAUGAUGCAAUGGCGUUUGGCAGAUGCUUAAUUUAUUACUCCCUCUUACUCGAUUCUCCAACUAUAAAGUGUGAUAUUGAGUACAAUAUCUGCAAGGGCCGCAGCGACUUCUCUUUGUGAGUUCAGAUU